UAUAAACAAGCGGGCGGCGGAAUUUCGAAACCCUGAAGCCCCCAAGACCUUUCAUUUCUCUCUGAGAAAACUAUGGAGUUGGACCCAGAGGUCGCUUUCAGAGACGAUGAAGACGGUCCCGAGAACGAACUCCUUCAGGGACAAGAGUCAAAUAAAGAAAGUGCGGUGCGUCUCGUUGAUGCUUCGCUCAAAAUGUUUUCUACCUCGACUUCAACACAGAUUUUUGCUUCGCGAUGCAAAAGAAAGAGAGAUGCAACAUUUGGCGAUCUUAGAUUUCUUGAGGAAUGCCACUUUAAGGCGCAAGUGAGCACUCGUGGCCAUCGAGACGCGAUGGCUAGUAUUAGGUCAUCAUUGACAGAUCGACAAAAGGAAAUUUUCCAAACAACAUGUUUUGGAAAAUUUUUGCAAUUAAGAGAUUCACGAUUCAGCGGAGUGUUGGUACACUCCUUCAUAUUGUGCAAGGUGGUGAGGGCAAACUCAGUCAAGGAGUUAUGGUUUAGGAUUAAUGGGAUUGACGUUCGAUUCAGCCCAUAUGAGUUCGCUCUUGUGACUGGGCUACGAUUUAAUAGGCGUUCAAAGAUACAACAAUAUCUUCCCUCUUUGGCCGACCAUAGGAUUAGAGAGACAUACUUCGCUGGUAAGACAUCUGUUACAUACAUUGACAUCAUGCACGUGUUUGAGCGGAGGGCAUGGGGGGACAACGACUCUGAUGCUGUGAAGUUAGCAUUGCUUUAUUAUCUUCAUAUCGGUUUAUUAGGGGCUGAUAAGAGAAAUGUGAUCCCUAAGGAGAUACUCCAAUUAGUAGAUCAUGUAGAUAAAUUUAAUACAUACCCAUGGGGAGUACAUGUAUGGCAAAUGACUUACAAAUCAAUCUGCAAUUGUAUCGGCCGACUCUGUGUCGAGUUUGAGCCGAUCAAGAAUAAGACCCCUCAUAUGCAACAAUAUAGCCUUAUGGGGUUCCCUCUAGCAUUUCAAUUUUGGAUAUACGAAACGCUUAACACCUUAGAGAGUUGGGUGGACCAGAUAUCACCUUUGGCAAGACCGCGGAUGCUGAGGUGGCGGACAAGAGACGUCCCAGGAUGGAAUGAUGUAAGAGUUAUUUUUGCUAGAGAUGGUAAUGUUAAUUUCCCGUUGGCAGCAUCUUCAGUCGAGAAGGGCGAAGAUUGGUAUCGUGACAUUAUUGAGUACAUGGGCAUGUCAGAUGUUCGGUUGAUGUCUUCGCCCUCCAUGUCCUCUCUUGAGCCCACAAAAUCUCAGCCCCCAUAUUUUGUGCCCCUAACUACAGAGCCUUUAACAAAAGAGACACUAGUCAUUGAGCCCCCAACUGUAGAGACUCAAACAAUUGAGUCCUCUACUGUUGAGCCUCCAUCACAUGAGGCUUUUCGAAGUUAUGUAGACACAACCAUAGCCCAAUGGGGGAGUCUUAUAUUGGAUUGACUUAGCCAACUAGAGGCUCGAGUGAGUCAUAUCGAGUCUUAUCUCUCUGACAUAGAUAGCCGGAUGGAGGUAAAUAAACUAAAGCUGUAGCAUCCUUACGGAUGCUCUAGGGGUUUUAUUGUCCUUUCCCUAGUUUUAGGUUUGAGUUUGGAUCGAGUUGGGUUGAAAUCGAAAGUAGAAUAGUUGUUUUUGGCUUGAUGUACAAUUGUGCGCUCAAGGAAUGCACGCUUCUAUGUCAUUCGGAUGAUGUAUACCCGCACAUCAAUAGAUGUAUGGUCAUACAUCUUGUUAAAAUAAGGAAUCCCAUUGAAAUAGGAUUCGAAGAAGAGAAGGAUUUUGGGGGAGAUAUAAACCCCCCCGCCUCUUUCUACAAACCCUAAUUCUAGGUGUGCAUUAUUCCAGCAAGCAGGGAGCCGAUCUCGGAGAUGAGAAACCACAUGCAAUCGGAAAGAUCAAGGAUCCGGCUACAAAGAUUCUUGAGGAAGAGAAAAUUGCUCGAAAUUAUGUUAGCAAGGAAACCAGUGAAAAUAUCAAAUUUUCUGCUGCGGAGCUAUCUAAGACCAUUAGAGUUUCAACCAGACGUGUGGCUCCUGGGGUUCAAGCCAUUAAAUUGCUAAAAAGAUUAUCACAACUUGAGGCCAUCUACAUUUCUUUUUCCUAGUGACAAGGAAGUGAUUGGUAGUGCUCGCGCCUUGUAUUUUUAUUGCCCUUCAUAGAUCCUUGUCACAGCUUCAGCGGUCGGUACUUUACUCAAUAUCAGUUACUCUUGUCAAUUGUAUUUUCCAAUUUGACGCCUGAAUAUUGUGGCAAUUAUUCUGAGAAUGCAUGUGAUAUACCCUCCAUAUUCUAAUGACCUCAGAAAUGUUGAAGAGGCAAGAUACAUAUCCAAGUUAAUAUGAAUAGAGUUUUUGUCAUAAUGUUUUGACUGAGGAAAUUGGUCAUGUUUGCAGUUUCAUUCUAAUACAGAUGUUGUAUCUCGAGCUACUGAUGAUCAAGUUAAAAAGGUUGAAGCUUUGAUGAAAUGAAUCGAAUUGAACGAUUUUUCAGUAUGCCAAUUUGCAAAUCCUGCCUUGCAGAGACAUUAUGCAGUAUUACAGGCCCUAGCUCUGGAAGUAGAUGAAAUGGCACAUACCAAUGAUGAAACUCUCCCUGAUGAGGAGGGCAUGGCCAGGCCUGGAGUUUGCUAAAGCUAUAGAAGUAUGGGGAAGAUUAUGAUGACUGAUGAGGAAAGUGAGUCCUCCAGCAAUGGAAAAGUGAGCGAGGCUUCCAAAAACUGGAAAGAAGUUGUUAAAAAUAGGUACACACUUAUGUAUAUCAUCAUGUGAUUGAAUGCUAUUUUAUCUUUAAUUCAAAAUUAUUAAAUUAUAUAGUGACACAAAUCAAAUGUAUAUUUAUUUAUAUAUUCAAAAUGAGUACCCAUAAUUUUAUUAAAAGUUAAAAUAUAUAUUUGUGCUUAACCUCUUAGAAUUAACCGUAUUAAUACAAGAAAAGAGGAGCUUCUAACAAAAUUACUAUCAAUAAAUCUCUGCCUUUCUUUGCUCA